AUGAGCGAUGAGCUCUUCCAAUGUGCUAAACGGUCGACGCCUUGCGAUAAAAUAUCCACCCUGAUCCAGUUGACGAAUUCGAUAGUGUUUUAUACAGUCUUCUUCACGAACUGCAACGGAAAAGAUGAGUAUUGA